GGACAACAAAAUGGCCGCCGCUACAUGUCGAUAACACCUGAGUGUCAAUGUGACGUCGUUCUAUUCAGCGGCACGCGCUUUAAUUAACCGUCACAUUCAAAUCUUUUACAAUCCGCCGACCGAGUACCACGUUCCCACGUCGUCAUGUUCCCGGUGGUCGGCGGCAGGGGCGGGCCGGCGGCGGCCCGGCUCCUGCUCGCACCCAGGGGCGCCGUGCUCGUGGCGGCCGUCCGCGGCCGCAAGUCCCGCAACGACCCGGUGGCCAAGUCCAAGGAGGGGCGGGUCAAGGUGCCGCCGCCCGUCGACCCGGCGGAGAUGGUGGUGCUCAGGGAGAGGUUCUCUGAGUACACGAUGAUCAUGAGGGCGCUCCGUCUGGAGUUUAAGGAGGAGGUGCUGAGGAAGAAGUACGAGGAGGAGACGGGCUCCCAGGCGGAGGAGAGGGCGAGGCAGGAUGCGGAGGAGCAUCGCGCCCUGAUGGCCUGGAACAACGAGGAGAACCGCCGAUUGCUCCACAUCAGGACGAUGAGGAUCCAGCAGGAGACGGAGGAAGCUGACCGCAAGAAGUUGGAGGCUGCCAUCAAGCGUGAACAAGAACAACAGGAGUUCAUCAAAGAGAAAGAGAAGGAGAUUUUGCAGUUGCAGGAGGAAGUGAAGAACUUCAUCAACCUGGAGAACUUGGAUCAGCGCAUCGAAGAAGCUCUGGACAAUCCAAAGAACUACAACUUUGCCAUCGACAAAGGAGGACGCGUCGUUAAACAGACAAUGCUGCAGUGAAAAGCGGCAGACGGCCGUUUCAGUCUAAUCCAUCCUGUAUGACGAACACUGUAAAAAAAAAAAAAAACAUUUGUCGUACCUGAUAACGAAGAUGUAUUUGAAAAAAAAAUCCUUCAAGUAGUUAAGGUUGAUGGACAGACAGACAUCACGUCAUCAGAAAUGUAUGAGCUUGGAGUCGAUUCAGCUUUUGACAGAAGACAAUAUUUCACGUGAUGAUCAGUUCGACAGUGCUGCCUUUAAUUUUCAUGUGUCUGUUUUAUAACCUUCCUUAUUUCAUUCAUGUACUGUCGAUCAUUACUGUCUGCUCAUGAUAUGUAAUGUAUAUAAAGUAAAUUAACCUUAA